AUGUCUCACAAGAUUUAUGUGAGAUUGGACCUGCAACUUCAUGCGCUCACGUGUCCCGGUGUUUCUUGCUCCCACGGUUAUUUGGAGGCCACGGUUAAAACUUUGGGUUAUUACUUUCGAACGGGAGCGAUGGAGCCACGAUUUCCUAUGCUGUGCCACGACCAAUUCACGAUGGAGGGCUAUUUCAAGAAUGUGGAAUGCCUGGAGGAUAUGCACGACCUUCUAAGAUCGGAACAACUGGAGAUUACCAUUUGGCAGAAUGGUCGAAGAUUGGCCUACUUCAUUGGAAACCUCUCGGAUGUGAUGCAGCCCACUAUUCCCCGUUUGAGCUGCGCCCACAGUUCCAAUGUGCAGCUUCUGAUGAAGGCCACACCGGCGUUUCCUGGUAUUAUUGCUCCUAAAGUAGAGCUCUCUGCCCAACUGACGACGCAGGAUAGGAAAAAGGGGUGCAGUGCUCGGUUUAGGGAAGAGCAGCCGGUUUCUUCAUUGACCAAUCGCCAUGUGGAGAGCCGCUGUUUAAGCCGCUUAGAGCAGCCACGAAAGCAGCAGCAAACGGUGUGCCAUGGUCGUCAAUCCAAUUGUUGUCCAGGUUGGCGAGGAGGAGGUUCCCCAGACCAGCUUCAGCAGCAGCGACGUCUAUCCUCUUGUUCCAGCACAACUCAGUUGAGCAGCCUUAGCCAGAGUUCAUCGUUGACGCCGAGCAGCAGCAGCCAUUUGUCCACACUUAUGGACGAUCAUCAUCAAAGCAGCUGUGAUAUUUGCCAAGCUUACAGACGCAUGUUUCCACAAUAUUAA